AUGUUUGAAGCUCAAGACAAGGAAAAAGCGCUACACUCCACGCCAGAAGAGAUCCCAGAAGUUGAAGUCGGAGAAGUCAAAGAUGUCAAGAAUGCAGAUGCCGCGCUUGACUUUUUGCGGCAUGAAGGCGAGGGAGUAGAGAUGACGGAAGAGGAUGAGAAGAGAUUGGUGAGGAAAAUUGAUUGGAUGAUUAUGCCAUUGAUGUGGUGUUGCUAUGUUUGCCAAUACCUGGACAAGACGUUGAUCAACUAUGCUGCUGUCAUGGGAUUGUAUGAAGAUGCGAAUAUCACGAAGGCAGAUUUUUCGAAUUUGGUAAGUUGCCUUUGGGGUGGUGAGAUGGAUGGAGCUGGGCUGACUUGUUAUAGNGCUUGGAUCUUUUAUGUCUCGUAUCUUGCGUUCGAGUUUCCUCAUGGAUAUGGCAUGCAGCGCUUCCCUACUGCCAAGUAUCUGGGUGUCAUGGUAUUGCUUUGGGGCACCAUUGUCACUGUCACUGCUGCUUGCCAUUCCUAUGCCGGCCUCAUCACCACCAGAGUUUUGCUCGGCUGCUUUGAAUCCGCAGUCGCACCUUCUCUGAUGCUCAUAACGACAAUGUGGUACAAGAAAAACGAACAGCCNCCUCGCGUCGGAAUCUGGUAUUUGGGCACUGGCACCGGCACAAUCAUUGGAUCUUUGUUGUCGUACGCUUUCCAACAUGUACAGUCUGCCUCGCUCUAUUCUUGGCAAAUCCUUUUCCUGGUUGUUGGUCUGGUUACAGUUUGCAUUGGUAUCACUGUGGUCUUGAUUCUCCCUGACAACCCAAUGACCUCACGUCUCUCGCACCAAGAGAAGAUUUGGGCCAUCGAACGCCUACGCGGCAAUCAAACUGGUAUCGAGAAUAAGCACUUCAAGUCCAACCAAGUGCUUGAAUGCUUUUGCGAUCCUCAGACCUGGUUGCUUUCUCUCAUCACGAUAUCAUCAUCUGUCCCCAAUGGGGCAGUCUCAUCNUUCCAGGCCACUCUGAUCAAAGGAUUUGGCUACAACAGCAAGGAAACCGCUCUCCUCCAAAUCCCUGCUGGAGUGUGUAGUGUAGUUUCCAUUCUGAUCGCUACAUACUUAGCCGGAAGAUUCGAUCAAAGAGGACUGAACAUCGUCACCUUACUCAUCCCAGGCAUUCUCGGAGGCGCUCUGAUGGCUUUCCUGCCAGAGGACAACAAAGCAGGAAAACUGAUAGGAAACUACCUUACCAACUGUAUUGGAGCAAGUCUGCCACUGCUAUACUCAUGGGUCGGAGCCAAUUACGCCGGUCACACCAAAAGGUAUGCUCCCUCUCUUACCUUAGUUCCCUCAAUUCCUAUACUGACGCUCACGCAACAGGUCACCAUGAACGCCAUCCUCCUCAUCUCCUUCUGUCUCGGCAACAUCAUCGGGCCCCUAACCUUCCGCGCCGCCGACGCCCCGAANUACAUUCCUGCAAAGAUUACAAUCAUUGUAACUUGUGCUGCUGCUGUGGUGUUGACCCUAUUGCUCAGGUUUUACUACCAGUGGGAGAACAAGAGGAGGGAUAGGAUUGUUGAGCAAAGAGGUCAAGAGCACAAGGCAGAUAUUGAGUUUGCAGAUGUUACGGAUAGGAAAAAUGGGGAGUUUAGGUAUAGAUUGUGA